GCCCGGGGACUGUGCGGUGUGGGUCCCAGCAUGAGUGCGGGCCCCGGCUGUGAGCCCAUCACCAAGCGACCCCGCUGGGGCACCUCUGCGACCUCUCCGCCGGCCGCCUCGGACACCCGGAGCUUACCCGGCAGGCAGAGGCGCGCCCUCGACCCUAAGGACGCUCCUGUGCAGUUCAGGGUCCCACCCUCUCCGUCCGGCUGCACCUCGGGGUGGGCGGGACCGCACAGAGGCAGCGCCACCUCGCUUGUGUUCAAACAAAAGACUAUUACCAGUUGGAUGGACACUAAAGGAAUCAAGACAGCUGAAUCAGAAAGUUUGCAUAGUAAAGAAAACAACAAUACAAGAGUAGAAUCCAUGAUGAGUUUUGUACAAAAAGAUAAUUGUUAUCAUCAUAACAUGGAAAAAUUAGAAAAUGUUUCUCAGCUAAGUAUUGAUAAAACACCAGUUGAAAAAAGUGCAAAAUAUUUGAACCAGCGUCAGACUGCAGCUAUGUAUAAGAGGCAAACUGAAGGAAAACAUACAGAGCAGCUUUUGGAAGGUGAACCUCCAACAGUAACUCUGGUAUCUGAACAGUUCAGUAAUGCUAACGUUGAUCAGUCACCUCAAAAUGAUGAUCAAAGGGACACACAUAGUGAGGAAAGUAGAGAUAACCAACAGUUUUUUAUACCUAUAAUGCUUGCAAAUGCAAAGCAGACUAGAGAAGGUGAACAGGCCAGAGAAGCCAGAAGUCUCCAGAAGUGCAGAAAGUCUUGCCAUCUUGUGGAAGACUUUGCAGAUUGUCAGCAGGAAGAGACUGAUGUGGUGCCGGAGAGUCCCUUGUCAGACAUUGGAUCAGAAGAUGUCAGUACUGGACGGAAAAAUGUCAACAAAUUGAGUAGACAAGAAAGUAGCCUAGGAAAUUCUCCAUUUGAGAAAGAAAGUGAACUUGAGUCACCAAUGGAUGUAGAUAAUUCCAAAAACAGUUGUCAUGACUCAGAAGCAGAUGAAGAAACAAGUCCAGGAUUUGAUGAACAAGAAGAUAGCAGCUCUUCCCAAACAGCAAAUAAACCUUCAGGGUUCCAAGCAAAAGAAGCUGACACUGAAUCGAGGAAACGGUCCUCUGCUAAAGGAGGUGAAAUUCGAUUACAUUUCCAAUUUGAAGGAGAGAGUUGUGCUGGAAUGAAUGAUUUAAAUACCAAACUACCUGAAAGUACUUCUAGCCUGAAUGUAGAAUGCAGAAAUUCUAAGCAACAUGGGAAAAGGGGUUCUAAAAUCACGGAUCAUUUCAUGAGAAUGCCCAAAGCUGAGGACAAAAGGAAAGAACAAUGUGAAAUCAAACACCAACGAACAGAUAGGAGGAUCCCAAAAUACAUUCCACCUCACCUUUCUCCAGAUAAGAAAUGGCUUGGAACUCCUAUUGAGGAGAUGAGAACAAUGCCUAAGUGUGGAAUCCAGCUGCCUCUCUUGAGACCAUCUGCCAAUCACACAGUAACUAUUCGGGUAGAUCUUUUGCGAGCGGGAGAAGUUCCUAAACCUUUUCCAACACAUUUUAAAGAUUUGUGGGACAACAAGCAUGUAAAGAUGCCUUGUUCAGAGCAAAACUUGUACCCUGUGGAAGAUGAGAAUGGUGAACGAACUGCAGGAAGCAGGUGGGAGCUCAUUCAGACUGCACUUCUCAACAAAUUCGCACGACCCCAAAACCUGAAGGAUGCUAUUCUGAAAUACAAUGUGGCAUAUUCUAAGAAAUGGGACUUCACAGCUUUGGUUGAUUUCUGGGAUAAGGUACUUGAAGAAGCAGAAGCCCAACAUUUAUAUCAGUCCAUUUUGCCUGAUAUGGUGAAAAUUGCACUUUGCCUGCCAAAUAUUUGCACACAGCCAAUACCGCUCCUGAAGCAGAAGAUGAAUCAUUCCAUCACAAUGUCACAGGAACAGAUUGCCAGUCUUUUAGCUAAUGCUUUCUUCUGCACAUUUCCACGUCGAAAUGCUAAAAUGAAAUCGGAGUAUUCUAAUUACCCAGACAUUAACUUCAAUCGGUUGUUUGAAGGACGUUCCUCAAGAAAACCAGAAAAGCUUAAAACACUGUUUUGCUACUUUAGAAGAGUCACAGAGAAAAAACCUACUGGGUUGGUGACAUUUACAAGACAGAGUCUUGAAGAUUUUCCAGAGUGGGAAAGGUGUGAAAAAUUCCUGACUCGACUGCAUGUCACUUAUGAAGGUACCAUAGAAGGCAAUGGUCAAGGCAUGCUACAGGUGGAUUUUGCAAACCGUUUUGUUGGAGGUGGUGUAACCAGUGCAGGACUUGUACAAGAAGAAAUUCGCUUUUUAAUCAACCCUGAGUUGAUUGUUGCACGGCUCUUUACUGAGGUGCUGGAUCACAAUGAAUGUCUUAUCAUCACAGGUACUGAACAGUACAGUGAAUAUACAGGCUAUGCUGAAACGUAUCGUUGGGCCCGGAGCCAUGAAGAUGGGAAUGAAAGGGACGACUGGCAGCGGCGCAGCACUGAAAUAGUCGCCAUCGAUGCCCUUCACUUCAGACGCUACCUCGACCAGUUUGUGCCUGAGAAAAUCAGACGUGAGCUUAACAAGGCCUACUGUGGAUUUCUCCGUCCUGGAGUUCCUUCAGAGAAUCUUUCUGCAGUGGCCACAGGAAACUGGGGCUGUGGUGCCUUUGGGGGUGAUGCGAGAUUAAAAGCCUUAAUACAGAUACUGGCAGCUGCUGUAGCUGAGCGAGAUGUGGUUUAUUUCACCUUUGGGGACUCAGAAUUGAUGAGAGACAUUUACAGCAUGCACACUUUUCUUACUGAAAAAAAGCUGACUGUUGGAGAAGUAUAUAAGCUGUUGCUACGAUAUUACAAUGAAGAAUGUAGAAACUGUUCCACCCCCGGGCCAGACAUGAAGCUUUACCCAUUCAUGUACCAUGCUGUUGAGUCCUGUGCAGAGACCACCAACCAGCCAGGACAAAGAACUGGGGCCUGAGGAACAGUAAAUAGAACCUCCUUCCACCUCUUAGCAGAAACAUCCUGUUAGACUUGUCAGGUGUAAUAUAUGAACUGACUUAAUAUAAAUGUGUGUAUAAUCCACACUUGUAUGCAAGGGUGCAGUCCCUUCCACAUACGUGCAGUUGUCAGUUUGUACAUCUAAGCCCUCUCUUUUGUCCCCCCAUUUUUUCUGUUUCAAUCUUCAUUCUUUGUUCUUUCUUUGCCCAUCAGAUUUCUUGUGAAUUCUCAUGAAAGGUGGUUCUCACCUCAUCAGGCCUCAUUUUGAUGCCUGUGUGUGAUACAAACUGCCUCUGCAGCCAGCAGAGGCCAGUGGUGCAGGGAAGAAGCUGGAAUCCAAGAACCUCUCUAACGGGUUUGUUGAAGAUAUCUCUGUGAGCCUUUCAUCCCCAACUUUUGUUAUGAUGACAUUGAGUUUUCAAAUUUUGAAAUUUAAGAGUUGGGACUUUUUUAUGCAUGUUACACAAUACAAAUCUCCUACGUUAAAACAGUUUUGUAUUCAAGACAAUAAUUUCCAUAAAUAAUUCUUUUGAGACACUGCCUUUAUCUGCUGUGGUUUGUCCUGUUUCCUCUGAUCAGUUUAUAUCGAUAAUGGUUUCAGAAACUGACCAAGAUGGAAGAAAAGGUAGAAUAAAAGAGAACUUCCCCAAAUGGUGUUUAAAAAUAAUAGAUUCAAGAAAUCUGGAGGACUUUUUGUUUCUUGGGUGUUUUUUUCUUUUUAAAUUAACAUUAUUGUUUGUUUCUUGGUGAUUGAGGCAUAUGCAUACAACCAAAGUUCAAAAAAUGGGACCUGGCCCUAGCUGGUGUGGCUCAGUAGAUUGAGCACCAGACCUCGAACCAAAGGGUUGCUGGAUCGAUUCCCAGUCAGGGCACAUCCUGGGUUGCAGGCCAGGUCCCUGCUGGGGGCGUGUGAAAUGCAACCACACAUUGAUGUUUCUCUCCUUCUCUUUCUCCCUCUCUUCCCCUCUCUAAAAAUAAAUAAAUAAAAUAUUUUUAAAAAAG